UACACCAUCAAAAGUUUACAAGAGCCACAUAAAACUUUUUGUUAUCUCUUUCCUUCCCUUCCCUUACCUUACCUCUCUACAAACUACUCGAACUACUUGUGUUCAUCAUCAAUGUCACUUUCUUUAUCUUCCAUCAUCAUAUGUAAGCCAUACCCAAACCAUCAAACCUCUUCAACGACAUCGUUUCCAACACCUAUUAUCAGUAUUCGAACACGAACACGAACACGAAAACGAGGGUUUGUUUUCAAAUGUGAACUUCUCAAUGAACAAUCAUUCCCAGAAAAGACAACAAGGAAAGAUGCAUCUAAUAAGUUGAUAAUAGGUUCUCCAGUUAUUAUUACUGAGGCUCCUGAAAUGAUUAAGACAGCUGCUUCUGUUCCUUGCCUUAGAGUUAAUAAUGGCUUAGUUAAUACUGGUGAUGUUGGAAGGAUUGUAUCUAGAAAACCUAUGGAUGUAUGGGCUAUCCGUUUGAGCAUUGGAACAUAUCUUAUAGAUAGGAAAUACUUCAAACCUCUCGAAUUGGAUGAAUGAUGGAACUUUUGGAUCCAUAGGAAUCGAAGUUGUUUACUCAAGCAACCAACCUUAAACAGUCAGUAAUAUGUAUCAAAAUGAUAUGUUUGUGAAGUGAAAAAUCUGAGAAAAAAGUUUCAAAUUCAA